AUGGAUUCCACAAUGAUGCCCCAGGCCGUCGGCCAAGCUCCCUUCUAUUUCUACAACCCUGAGUCCAAGCAUGAUAUGCGACAACACUUUGCCCAGCAACAAAUGCAUAUGUAUCCCAUGGUUCCUACACUGCCUUCAACUCCUGUUUAUUCGCGGCCCAGCUCAGCCAGCAACUCUCAGCCCCCCACUCUGUACAGCAAUGGUCCGGCAGUCAUGACUCCUACUGCCUCGCCACAGCCCAUGUCGCAUAAGCCCGCCAUUUUGUUGGAGAAUGAGCUGUACGAGAACUCGUAUUUCCCUUCGACACCGCCUCUGUCGACCUCUGGCAGUACCAUUGGCAGCCCCAGCGCCUGCGAGGUGCUCCAGACCCCGAUGAACCCUAUGUUUUCCGGGCUGGAUGGCAUCGAUGGCUUCAAGGAGGCUCUCGAGCCUGUUGAGACUGCAGUGCUCGACUGGUCCAACUGCGGAUCCCCCCCAAUGACACCUGUGUACCUUCAAUCUCAACUCGGCAAAGUUCCCUCUCUUAGCAACACUGCCAGCGACCUCGUGUCCACCCCGUCUCUGUCUCCCUCACCCGCGCCUUAUGCCCGCUCCGUCUCUACACCGGAUUUGGACGUCGACUUCUGCGACCCAAGGAACCUGACUGUCGGUACUGGUGCCAUCAACAGCACCCUCGCCCCAGAAUUCGCUCUCGACGAGAUCAAGGUUGAGCCCAAGAUUGCUACUCAGUCUUUUGACUUUAACCCUGCUGUUCCCCACGGCCUACCCACCUUUGAAGACUUUUCUGAUUUCGAGUCUGAGGACGAUUUCGUCAACAGCCUCGUCAAUCUUUCUGAGCAGCCUGCUACUGCUUCUGCUGAUAUCACCCGACCUCGGGCUUGCACUGGCUCGUCAGUUGUUUCCCUUGGACACGGCAGCUUCAUCGGUGACGAAGACCUUUCCUUUGACGACAACGAGGCUUUCCAGUUUCCCCCUCAUCCCAGCCCUGUCUCCUGUGCGUCCGAGGACUGCCACAAGGACAAGCGUACCAAGAACACUCACGCCAAGGAGAGCACCGCUGGCCCUGUCAUGAACAUGGCUGCCUCCGCCACCCAAUCUGGUAACACCCAGGAGUCUUCCAACCAGGCUGCCGAAGCUAGCGACUCUGCUGCCUCGUCUGGCUCAGAGGGCUCCCCUGCUCCUCUCCCUGCUCCUGCCAACCGCCGCGGUCGUAAGCAGUCUCUCACCGAGGACCCUUCAAAGACAUUUGUCUGUGAUCUGUGCAACCGCCGCUUCCGCCGCCAGGAACACCUCAAGCGCCACUACCGCUCUUUGCACACCCAAGAGAAGCCUUUCGAGUGUAACGAGUGCGGCAAGAAGUUCUCCAGAAGCGACAACCUGGCUCAGCAUGCUCGGACCCAUGGUAGCGGUGCCAUCGUCAUGAACCUCAUUGAUGACGACUCACACGCAUAUGAUGGUUCCAUGAUGCCUCCCACGGCCGAAGAUUACAGCAACUACGGCAAAGUCCUGUUCCAGAUUGCCUCUGAGAUUCCUGGCAGUGCAAGUGAAAUGUCCUCUGACGAGGGCAGCGAUCAGGGCAAGAAGAAGCGCAAGCGCUCUGACUAA